UAGGAACCACAGCAUCCCCACAAGACCCAAUUACCAUCAUGUUCACGGCACAGUAUCACCAGUCCUUCCAAGAACACUCUCUCUGUUCAGAGUGCUCUGAGACUCUCCCCAUAAACACACUCUCUGCUCACACUGCAGAGUGUCAGAGAGAUACGAGACACUCAUCUGGAUCUGAUCUGGGUUCUGGUUCUGCUGGGGUUCAGGAGAUGAAGGUGGAUUUCAGAAAAAUGGGAAAUUUAUGAGCAGUGUGAACUGGACGUUCCUAAAAGCUCCUGCUCACCUUCAGACUAAAUGAUGCCACUGGAUUUCAGUUGCAAAUAGUAGCCCAGUAGGUUAAAGUCAGGGUUGAUAAUAAAAUGGCUAGUAAAUGGAAGUAGUAGAACUAUGAGGUGGGUUCCCCAGCUAAGGAACAUCCAAGAGCUUUUUUGGACAGUCUGGACGAGUUUGACAAUUACAUUUUGCACUUGAAAGACCCUGAGAAGGUCAGGAGCUUUGGACAGCACUUCAGUCUGCUUAAAGGAUAAAGGAUGAUCCCCAAAACCACCCUGGGACCCUUUCAGAACCUUCUGGGGAUCCUUCUUCUUCUGCUCUGUUUUGUAGGAAUAUUUAUUGUGUACUACAAUCCGACUGUGAGCUGGUUAACAUGCACCAAGGUUGCAGCAGUGCCGGUUCAUGAAGUUUGUACAGAUGCAUGCCUCAACGUCCUCCAGACUGAAGACUUCGAGAGGCUGAACCUCACCAGUGCCCUGAACUGCACUUCAGAGAGGAAUCAAUUAUCACCAAAAGAGGCAGCAGUUGUGGAAGAGAACGCCUCCAGUCCCAACACCAUCGUUUUGGUUUGGCCGUGGUCUUUUGGGUUCCGUUUCAAUUCUGAGUCCUGUGGUCCAACGUACGGCAUCACAGGUUGUCAUUUAACAGAUGACAGAAGCGCCUAUGGCCGAGCCCAUGCGGUCAUGUUCCAUCACAGGGACAUUUACAGAGAUGUGUCAAGCCUUCUGGUGAUGGAACGACCUCCGCUGCAGAGAUGGGUUUGGAUGAACAUGGAGUCUCCAGACUUUUCGGCAAGCGUUCCCAGUAUGGAUAACCUGUUUAAUCUGACUUCCAGUUACCGCAGAGACUCAGACAUCUGGGUUCCCUAUGGACAAUUGGUGGGAAUUUCUGAAGAGGACGAGCCCUUCCAAAUCCCAACUAAAGACAAGCUGGUCUGCUGGAUUGUCAGCCACUGGGAGAACAGGCUCUGGAGAGUGAAAUACUUUACUGAAUUCAGCCAACACAUCAAAGUGGAGGGGUACGGAAACCACUUCGGAAGGCAUGUUGACGAUAAUAAUUACUUUAGCGUGAUCUCCAGCUGCAAGUUCUACCUGUCGUUUGAGAACUCUAUUCAUAAAGACUACAUCACAGAGAAGGUCUUCAACCCACUAAAGUUCGGUACAGUUCCUGUGGUUCUCGGUCCUCCCAGGGAGAACUACGAGGAGUAUCUACCAGCAGAUUCCUUCAUCCACAUUCACGACUUCAAAACAUCAAAAGAACUGGCAGAACAUCUCAAACUUGUGGACCAGAACCAGGAGAUGUAUGAACGGUACUUCUCCUGGAGAAAGCACUUUGUUCCAAAGACUUAAAUUUUUGGUUUGGAGCAUGCCUGUCGUAUCUGUGAUCAUAUAAGGCGAAAUAAGGUCUACAGUGUGUUUAAAAACCUUAAUAAAUGGUACUGGGGUAAGCUAGCAUAGAGUAACCUGAGUAUAAAAUGGCACAGCUUAAAGGUUCUUUUUUCAUUCCAAGCAUUUGAUGCGGUGUUGCUAACCAAUACAACCGUUACUACAAUAAUCCUUGUUGUUUGUAGAGUUCUCUUCAUCGGUUCCUUCUUAGAAUAGUGUUAUUAAUAGGUUCCUUUUCUAUUCCUGUCAGAUUCUACAGUGCAGAAACGAUUUCCACACUAUACCAAGUGUUUGUUAUUAGGUUGCAGAGAUAAUCAGUGAUUUUUUGUUUUAGGUUUAUUUUAAAUUAGGGUCUUUUAAAACACUUAUUUUUAAAUAUGAAUAAACCAAUUUAAGAUUGAUUAAAACUUUGACCUCCUAUUAUUUGUGAUUGAAGAAUAACAUCUAGAACUAGAAUUGUUUCUAGCUCAAGACUCGUUGAUGCGUUGAUGGCUAAUUGAUGGAUUGUCCUCUUGCAGCGCUUUUCCACCAAACAAACUCUGGUUCUUUAACCAGUUCCGUUGAGGCUUACAAGAACCGUGGUGCUUUUCAGCGAACCAACCCACGUUUCCAACGGUUUUAGUGGAGCUGUCAAAACGUCCCAUCAUAUGUCAUCAGCAGUGACGGUGAACAAUAGCGGUCACGGUUCACACAAAAGAACCUAGUACUCUUUGGUUCACGCUGUGAACAAAUGUUCCUGGUUCCAGGACCUACUUUUGUUGGUGGAAACGUGACAAACGGUUCAAAAUUAGGUUCGCAAAAACCAGAAAAGUGCUGGUUUUACAUCGGUGGAAAAGCACUCUUUGAAGUUCUCUUUGGUUUGAUUCUAUACCUGAUUGUGGCCCAAAUACUCGACUUAUAUCCAAGCUGAAUUCUGCUUGUGCAAUCACCCUGGUUACUUAGUACAGCAUGGUAGUCUGCCAGUGACACUUUUGCCAGUAACCUGGUUACCAAGCAUAAAACACAUUUGGCUCGAGUCUUUUUGGGCCAAUUAGUGAUGUUAUCUGGGUAGAUUGAUGUCAACUGGACAAACUGUCUUAGUCAAGAGACACCCUACCCAGAAGUCCUCUUUAAAAGCCUUUUCAUUGUGAAGCAGGGGAAGCACUUUACACCCAGAGUCUAAUCAGAC